UAAAAAUAAAACUCACUUUUUGGUACAAUUAUUAGUAUUAUACAGAUUUGAAGACAAGCAAGCAAUACGAGAUGCUUCUUUUUUUAGCGAUUUGAAUGUGCAGCACUGCAGAAAAUAAUACUACUAAUAAGUGAUUGGAUUUAUCUGGUGUCGAUAGAAAAUCAGUAGUGUACAAUCAGUCGAUUCCUCCAAGGAAAGUAAGUAGAAACGAUGAGAAGGCAAGGAGGUCAUUACGGUGCCGAAUCGGGGGGCGGCGGCGGCGGCGCUAACCAAGCAUACGGCGGUGGAGCGGGUUCAAUGCGUCAACAGCAACAGCAGCAACGCGAUAAAUCAGGGUAUUACCAGGAAUUGCCCAUCGGCGAGAAGGAAGGCCAUCAGCAUCACAAUCAAUGGCGGUGGGAGAGAGAUGAUGCGCUGGCGAAAUUGCCUCAGACUCCUAUGUCGCCCACUGCGCCGUUCGCCGAAGGUCAAGGACAUGAAGGCACGAGAUCCUAUUACCAGAGCCAGAGGAUGGAUCCCCGCAUGCCUCUAGAAAAACAAAGCAGUAAUGUUGUUGAUCCCCGGGCGCAAGCUCAUGAAGAGGAUAUGGACAUUGGAUACGAAGACAAUCAGGUAGUGCAGACAUUCGAAGCUCUCGAGCAGAGAUUCCUUGACGACAUUAUGAAACUGAGCAAGGAACAAACCGAUGCUGAGGAUGCUGAAAAUGCCAGGCAUAGAGCGAGACUUAAUGUAAUCAAUGCUCAAUAUGAAGAGCAAUUAGCUGCACUCCGUGCCCGCCAUGCCAGUCGAAGAGACGAAUUCCUCCGGAGAGAUUCCCAAGCAAGGCAACAACAGUAUCAGCAGAUCGCCAUGGAACAACAGCAGCAAUUCGCCAACAGUGUUGUAGCCCCCAACGACCCUCCCCGGGGAUACAAUGCAGGAAGUGUUCCCACAGAGGAACCGCACCGGGCCUACAAUUCUGAUCACUACGACACUUACAAUAGGGAACGUGGUCGAUAUAGUGGCAAUGCUAGGGACCAUGAAUUCGAGCAGAAGGUUCCGUACCCUAGAGGCCGCAAUUAUGGCUCUGGUGGUGGUGGCGGCGGCGGCAGCGGCGGCUCCCGGUAUUACUGAUUAUGGAUUUAAAGUCUCAGUCUUGUCACCAAAUCUUGGAAACCAUAAUGAGAGUUUGGGAUUGGAAUGUGGUUUUGUGUUUUCUUUUUCUGGAGAUUAGAUUAGAUUAGUGAGAUGUGUUGAUUGAGAACUUGUGAAGUUUGUUUGUAGUAAUGAGCCUUGAAACUGUGACAGUUUGGGGAAAUACUACUGUGUAAUCCAUCUUGUCUUAUGAUUUGCUUGCUCUUGAUUUUGAAGAA